UCCAACGAAUAUUCUCCUUCUAUUUAUUCUUCACUCAAAUUCUCUUUCCUCUUUCUUCCUUUUCUUCUCUUCUGUUGAUUUGCCUAACCAGAUUGAAAAAAGAAAUAGUGCAUGAAUUAAUCUGUUGUGGCGGUGAUUUGGGCGGGUAGGAGACAUGAAGUUUUGGAAGAGCUUGAGUAUAUUAAUAGAGGAUACGUUGCCGGAUUGGAGAGACAAGUUUUUGUCGUAUAAAGAUUUGAAGAAACAACUGAAGCUGAUUUAUCCUAAAGAUGGAGAUAAGCCGUUAAAUAAACGGCCGAGAUUGGAGACACAGGUGGAUAGAAUGGACGGUGGUGAGGAUUGCAGUAGAAGAGAAGGUGAGGUGGUGACUAAGGAGGUGAUUGAUUUCGUUAGGGUUUUGGAGGAUGAGAUGGAAAAAUUUAAUUCUUUUAUCUUUGAAAAGGAAGAAGACUUUGUUAUCAAAUGGAAGGAGCUACAAGACAGGGUGAAAAAGGCCAAGGAUUCAAAUGAAGAGCUGAUGAGAAUAGGGAGGGAGAUAGUUGAUUUUCAUGGGGAGAUGGUUCUCUUGGAGAAUUACAGUGCUCUUAACUACACAGGACUAGUGAAGAUAUUAAAGAAAUAUGACAAGCGAAGUGGUGCUCUAGUUCGCGUGCCCUUUAUCCAAAAAGUAAUGCAGCAGCCAUUUUUCAAAACUCAUGUGUUAAACAAGCUUGUGAAGGAGUGCGAGGUGGUGCUUGAUCAAAUCUUCUCUAGCAAUGAACUAUCUAUUGCACAUGAAGCAACUGAAGAGGUAGGAGGAUGUGACUCCAAUGGUUCAGGUGAAAGUAAGGAGGCACCGCUUAAAGUUCCCAAAGAACUUGUGGAGAUUGAAAAUAUGGAAAACAUGUACAUGAAGCUAACUCUAUCAGCAUUACGUGUCUUGAAGGAGAUUUGGAGUGGAAGCUCGACUGUAAACAUGUUUUCACUGCCCCCUUUGCAAAGUAAUGCAGUGGAGGAGGAUUGGAAGAAGGUUCCUGUCAUAGAACAAGCUGCCAAAUAGUUCUAUUCCAAGUUUAUAACUUCUUUGUACAAAAAUUUAUAAUAUUGAAAGAAUGCUCCGACUCUUUUUCUUUUGAUGAUAUGGUGCACUUGGCCUUUUACUAUUAUGCUUCUCUAAACUAAUUUUGUAAGGAUGCUAUCUGCUUUUGUAAGAUAUCAGAAUAAUCUUGCAUUGCAGUUUCAUGUGCAAUCUGUGCUAGUUUAUUC